AAAAGGUUUGCCCACUGAGGAGGCAAGAUGCCUGACCGAAGGGACAUUAUGACCUCUUUACAUGAGUUUUCCAGGAUUAACACAUGACUUGCCACAACAUGUUGUUGCAGAGAGGAACCGAAUGUUGUCCAACCAGGCUCUGGUGGACUUCAUUGUGGCAAGAGGAACCGAUAACCACAUUCAGUCCAUCAUCAAUGGACAAAAGAAAUCAAAGUGGCUUGACACUUUUUCCAAGUGUUCCAUCAAGAAAGUGCCUGCGCCGUUGUUCAUUGAAGAUAAGGAGCAAAUUGAUGUUAUCUACACUCACCUGACUUCAAUUCUGGACAGCACACCCACACACACCCACAGUGACCAGAUCUGAUUCAUUAUGGAUGUCCUUUUUCCAGAGGUG